UUACCUAUUAAUGUUUCCUAAGUGGUCACCGAUCGCACCGGCCCUCCAUGUUUAGCCUAAGCUCCCCUCCCCUAGCUCUUGAGAGGAAGCUAAAGCUCACCACGACCUACACUAUUCUCCUGGUGUUCUUCCUCUUCACUCUCCACAUUACCUCAUGCGAAGCUCGUCGCCUCCGCGUGAAUGGCAAGUACUCAAGCAGCAACAAGUCUUCCCUGUCAUCACAGGAUGCGACAGAGGUUGCUGAUGCCCAGAAGCAAAGGAGAAACUCGUUGAUGGUUCAUGAUACGGAGAAGAAGGCUCGAGCUGUCGGAAGCAGCAUCGAUCAGUCGACGGGCGCGGGAGCAACAUUGAUCAAUCGAUCAGGGGACUCGUCUCGUGGCUCUAACGGAGAGCAGCUAGGAUCCAAGGCGACCACCGUGUACACAGCGGGAACACUAGUAACCAUGGACUACCCAGUUGCACACGCAGCACCAGCUGUUCACAACAGGUAGUGCGUGCAUGCGUAAAGCAAUGAGCAGGGCUUGCCUCUUUGAUUGAUCUUGCCAUUUAAUGUAUUUUACAUGCACGGGUCUGUUAACGUUAAGCCCUUGGGUCGACUCCAGUUUUAGCACAAUCUUGUAGUCAUGUAUAUAUAUUUUCGGAUGUAUUUACUAUGUAUUAGUGAAUCACUAUGUGGCUUGUCCUGAGGGCUCUUUAACAAUUACUAGUAAAAGAGCC